UGGGUACCACUAAGCUCAGGGGCGAUGGACCGGCUUCGGGCCCUGGAGCACCCCAGGUUCCACUGGCUGAUAUCCAGGCCCCACGCACGAAGGCUGGGCUCCGCUCGGCGCGGACCCCUGCAGGAUCCAUGUUGUGUCGCUGCCUCAUUUCUAACCACCGCCCGAGAUUCAAGAUGGGGCCCCAUCGUGUCCCCCCAGUGAAGCCUGCAGCUUAAGCAGAUAGCAUGGCUUGCUCCUGCCAGUGAACGGCAUGGCUGCAGGAGGUGGCCGGGCCUUUGCUUGGCAGGUGUUCCCCCCUAUGCCCACUUGCAGGGUAUAUGCAACGGUGGCACACCAGGAUGGACACCUGCUGGUGCUGGGGGGCUGUGGCCGGGCUGGGUUACCCCUGGACACAGCUGAGACACUGGACAUGGCCUCACACACAUGGCUAGCAUUGGCACCUCUGCCCACUGCCAGAGCUGGUGCAGCUGCUGUGGUUCUGGGUAAGCAGGUGUUAGUGGUGGGCGGUGUGGAUGAGGCCCAGAGCCCCGUAGCCGCCGUGGAAGCCUUUCUAGUCGACGAGGGCCGCUGGGAGCGCCGGGCCACCCUCCCUCAAGCAGCCAUGGGGGUUGCAACUGUGGAAAGAGAUGGUAUGGUGUAUGCUCUGGGGGGAAUGGGCCCUGACACGGCCCCCCAGGCCCAGGUACGGGUGUAUGAGCCCCGCCGGGACUGCUGGCUUUCCUUACCCUCCAUGCCCACACCCUGCUAUGGGGCCUCCACCUUCCUGCACGGGAACAAGAUCUAUGUCCUGGGGGGUCGCCAGGGCAAGCUCCCAGUGACCGCUUUUGAAGCCUUUGAUCUGGAGACUCGUACCUGGACCCGACACCCAAGCCUACCCAGCCGCCGGGCCUUUGCUGGUUGUGCUAUGGCUGAAGGCAGCGUCUUUAGCCUGGGUGGCCUGCAGCAGCCUGGGCCCCACAAUUUCUACUCCCGCCCACAUUUUGUCAACACUGUGGAGAUGUUUGACUUGGAGCAUGGAUCCUGGACCAAGUUGCCUCGAAGCCUGCGCAUGAGGGAUAAAAGGGCUGACUUUGUGGUUGGCUCCCUUGGGGGCCACAUCGUGGCUAUUGGGGGCCUUGGAAACCAGCCCUGCCCGCUGGGCUCUGUGGAAAGUUUCAGUCUGUCCCGGCGACGCUGGGAGGCACUGCCCACCAUGCCCACAGCCCGCUGCUCCUGCUCCAGCCUACAGGCUGGGCCACGGCUGUUUGUGAUCGGGGGUGUGGCUCAGGGCCCCAGUCAAGCUGUGGAAGCACUGUGUCUGUGUGAUGGAGUCUGAAGGCCCCCGUGGGACCUAUGUGCUGGAGCAGCUCAGUUCGGAAACAGCUGUCUGGCUCCUUUGGCUGCUGAGGGAGCUCCCCGUGGCGCUAUGGGAUGAGGGAGGCACAGGGACAAGCGCUUGAGUCACACCGCCUUGGGGACUUGGAUUAGGGGAGCCUUCAGCAUAGGACAUGCAUAUGCUCACACUUACCUUUACUCCCAUCCAUUCACAAAACCAUCACUAGCUCUACCCAGGCCCUAGAACAUACUAGGCCCUCUGUCAACUGGGACGUGGAGAGAGAUGAGAGAGCUGGCCUUACACUCUACAGGAUAAGCACCAACUAAGAGUUGGCCAAGCCCACUCCAGUGGCCAUUCCUGAAAAUCCUAGCUUCUAGCCUGCCUUGAGGGUCCCUGUAAGACCCCCAAAGUGUUCAGAGAGGGUGGGAGACACAGCGGGGAACGGAGGAAGGAGAGAAUGCCAGAGGGCAACAUGAAUACUGGCUUUGGCCCUUCUACACUGAUGGUUGUAUGACCUUGGGCAAGUCAUUUCACCUCUCUGUGCCUCAGCAUCCUCUGUAAAUGGGGAUCUCUGAAACCUUCCUGCCCUACCUACCUCACAGGGCUGUUGUGAGGACCCAGAGAGUUUGGAUGUAGAAGUAAAACCGGCUAAAAUUGGU